GAUAUCUCCAUGAAUGCUUCGUUGCAAGCGACCGGGUUAUGCCAGGGACCAGUGCGAUUGUAGACGUCCUUCGCACUCUCAUACACUCUGGGAGACGAUGACUGUUGGAUAUGAUAUGAUAUAAGGUUGUCGAGGGGCUUCUCCCAGCGACUACUCCUUAUCACCCACUCACUAUGAACUCUGCACUGGAAUUUGUUCAACAGGCGUUCGACUACAUUGUCAUAGGUGGCGGCACGACUGGCCUUGCCCUCGCUUCUUUACUUUCUCUAGACAAGGAUGUUAAGAUAGGAGUCAUCGAAGCAGGACAAAGAAAAGACGAUGAUAACAUUCUAGUUCCAGGAUUGAUUGGAAAAGUCUUGAAUGACCCAGAGUAUGAUUGGAGCUUCCUCACCGUUCCUCAGCCACACGCCAACAAUCGGCGUAUUCCCAUCAACCGAGGAAAAGUCCUCGGCGGAACAUCGGCAUUGAACUACAUGGCAUACUGCCGUGGGUCUCGUGUAGAGCAGAAUGACUGGAAGAAGCUAGGGGUCAAAGGAUGGGGCUGGGAUACUAUAGACAGAGUGACGAAGGCUUCAGAGCGCUGGACACCUCCAGACUCUGAGACGGCCUCUCUUCAUUGGGCGAACAAGGCAGUGAAAAAUCAUGGCCGUCAAGGAUAUGUCAAGACUACUGCAUACAACUAUUAUUAUGACCUCGCCAAGCCAUUUUUUGAGACCAUGAACGAGCUCGGGGUGGCAACUAAUCACUCAGAGGCAUCGGGUGAUCUCAUUGGCGUCUGGACAUACACUGCUUCCAUCGACGCAAAGACAGGCGCUCGCAGCUAUAGCACCAAUGCAUAUUAUGAUAAUGUCUCUCAUCGCCCAAACAUCACGGUCCUCACUGACGCCCUGGUGACCAAAAUUCACCUUCGUAAUGAAGGAGCUGGAAGUCAUUGUGCCACUGGCGUAGAGUUUUUGAAAGAUGGUAGACUCUACACAGUUCAGAGCCGAAAGGAGGUUGUUAUCUCCACAGGCUCGCUUCAAACUCCACAGAUUCUCGAGCUCUCAGGCAUUGGCAACGCCGAAAUCUUGAAUUCCCUCGGCAUCCCUGUCCAGGUGGACCUCCCAGGAGUUGGCGAGAACUUCCAGGACCAUUUCGUCGUCCCAAUGGGUGCCGAACUCACCGGGAAACACCACCUCACCGUCGACGACCUCUCGUCACCUGCAUUUGCCGCUGAGCAAAUGCGCCUCUUCAAGGCAACAGCAACCGGCAUGCUUGGGAGUACCCUGUCUACGCUCGUCUUCAUCCCUGCGCGGCAGUUCAUCGCCCCUACGCGGUUUGCCGAGAUUCUUUCAGCGCUAGAUACCGCUCUCAAAAGCCCUGAAAUUGUCAACUCGCCCUGGAAGAAGUGGUACGAGGUGCAGCGCGACUGGCUCGAGAAUGACGGCGUUGCGCAGCUCGAGAUGAUCCUCUUCCCUUCCUGGACGCACGCCGGCUGCUCUCGAGAGGGUGCGAAGCACUACCAAAUGUCUGUCUUUCUCCAGCACGCAUGGAGUCGAGGAAAUAUCCAUGCAAUAUCUCAAAACGCCGAAGACUACCCUAGAAUCGAUGGCUGCACCUUAGAAUCCCCUGCCGACAUUGAUCUACUCAUGCUUGUUGAAGCCGUGAAGUACGCAUUCAAUGUCAUGCGAACUGGGGCCCUCGGCGCCCUUACUGCUGAAAUCGUCCAGCCUAAGCCAUCUUGGUCCGACGACGAGAUCAAGGAAUUCAUCCGGAAUAACGUCAAGAGUGCCUUCCACCCUAUCGGCACGGCGUCGAUGCUCCCUCGUUCAUCCAACGGCGUUGUGGACGACAAUCUUAAGGUUUAUGGGACCUCAAAUUUACGAGUCGCCGACGCUAGUAUCUUUCCCAUUCAUCUGGGCACGCAUCCGCAAGCAACUCUGUAUGGGCUUGCCCACCGGGCAGCGGAGAUUAUCAACGAAGCGCGCUUGGAGGAGGGAAUACAAGCUCGCCUUUAAUGCACCCUGCAGCCGGGCGUAGCUAAACGUAUGCAGCAUGCUCGAGUGCAAUGGCUACAGCAUGGGCACUGGGCAGGCGUGUAAUGCCAUGUAUUGAAUGCACAAUAAUU